UGACUAUCGAUGAAUGUCCUUCGAUGUAAAUUCCAAUUCCCAGUUUUAAAAUCCAGAUUCCAAUUAUUAAUAUGUGUUUAUCUAAAUAAAUCGGAAUGGAAUUGUUAAAGUGGAAGAAAGUUGAAAAUGAAGCAGGCUAUCCGUGUUACAUCGAUGAAAUAAACGGUAAACAACACUAUGACCAUCCUCAGUUUAGCGAGAUAUUGAAAACUUUGGAAGAAUAUAAUGACAUGAAAUACAGUGCUUACAGAGUUGCAUUUAAGGUGUUUGCCUUACAAAAGAGUUUGAAAGUGCCACCUUUACGCAUAAGUUCAGGUGUAUUUGCUCGCCAUCAACUAAGUCUUUCCGAGAGCAGCUUGUCUCUGGACACAACAGAGUUAGAGGCUGUGCUAGCUGACAUCUACUUUGCAGCAGAGAAGGAGGGACUGUUUAGUGGGGACGUAGACUUGGCGGUGGAUCUGUUGAUCAACUUGUUGCUCAAUGUGUUUGACGAGGAAAGGAAGACAUCAAUAAGAGUUUUAGCAGCGAAAACUCUACUAAUAUUGUUAAGCGAAGAAUCAAUAACAGAGAAAUGGCAGGCCCUCGCCAACUGCUGUGCAGAUCACAACGGUUGUGUAUCACCAAGGAGACUGGCUGCACUGUUGGUGCAUGUCACAGCUUUGCCCAAGUAUUUGGGUUGCCAGUGCGACCAUUUGCAGAGUGAUGUAGAUUCCUGUUUUGCUAAGAGUGCUGGUAUGCUCGGUGUGUCGGCGCAAGAGGUAGCGGAAUGGGGCGCUCAGCACUGCUCCAGCACGCGCUGGCUGGCCGUGGUGCAGAGGGUGGUGGACAGCAGGAGUGUUGCCAACGCAAGCGCUGGCUGCAGCGCGUGCGCUCAACCCCUCAUACAGGUGCUGAGGUUCAAGUGUGCGAAAUGUAAUAAUAUUUACUUUUGCGAGAAGUGUUAUUUGUAUGGCAAAGAACUCCCAAGUGUUCCUAGUCACAAGAAAACACACUUAGUUCAGGAAGUGAUAGACGGAGAGGUUAAACCGACCGAAUGUCUCGGCUUCAUAAGUGGAAUGAAAAGGUUUUUCUUCUGCACAAAGACGAGAAAGAAAAAAACAAGCAAGAAAGAACGAAAGACCAAGCCAGCAAAACAAGGGCCUGCUAAAAAGAAGGAUAAGCCAGCUAUAUUUACAUCCACAGUUGGCAAAGCGUCAGGCAAUAAGGCCAACAACCCAGCUAUGACGUUGCAGGAUAUUAUUACCAAUAUGGAAAAUGACACCAAGGCUCUCAAAGAGCUUAUGGACCAGCUGGAGUCAGUAGCUAAGGCCGGCGACGAGCAGUUGAAAGGGAAGGCCGACACAUACUACAAUCAGCUAUCAGCACAAAUCGCAAGGCUCAAGACUUUAAAAGACAAUUUUCUAAACCCAAACAACUUUCCGCCUGAUUCAAAGACCGACAAAGAAAGACCACAAGCGUUCGAUCUCUUCAGUCCCAUAGCAGUGGUGGAUGAAAAACAAUCGAAGGUCACUGAAAACGUGAAUCAGCCGAGGGUACUCAGCCUGGACUCUGGCAAUUUCUCGGUGACCGACAAACCUGAUGGUCAGAACUUGAUGACUAUGUCCGGAGAUGCCCUCAAGCCAGUGGUGGUUCACGCCACUUCGGACAGCAUAUCUACAGUGUCUAUGAAUGAUAUGAGCAAUUGGUAUAAUGAAACAGAAUCAUCAACCAACAAACGCCUGCCAGCAAAGUCCAAGCUGGAGAGCAGCCACAGCAUUUCGGCCACAGAGCAGCGCUUCGCCGCCGACAUCCGCUGCGUGGAGACCAGCAACGACAAGAUGCGCGAGCUCAACGCCGACCUCGACACCGUGCUGGACCGGCUGCAGCAGAUCCUGACCAACAACUUCGCUAUGGACGACUCGUGUUUCGACAAUACCCAACUGCGAGAGACGGCGAGCGAAAUGGAAGGUCUUCUGGGAACAUUGAUACGCGGCGUGGAACAGAGAGCUACUCUUAAUGCUACCCACGGUCUUGUUUAGUCAUCAUCUUCAUUGACAACCAAUAUUCGGCUCACUGUUGAGCACGAGUCUCCUCUCUUAUGAGUGUAUUAGUCUUACUUUCAUUUCAUAUGUGAAAAGACGUGAAACGUUUGCAUAAAAAAUUAAAAUAGACCGCGUUUAUACAUACUUUUUUUUUGUCCAACUUUUGAUUCAUAUGUGCAAUGAUUUUAUGAAUUUCUGAUAACUAUUUUUGUGUUUGAAAUAUAGAUGAAAGCUUUUCCCAACGAUUCAUUCCCAGCGAUUUAACAAUACUCAAGACGACAAAUUGGUUUUAAAAUUGUCGGAUAAACGCCGACUUUGGCGUCUUUCUGUAGAUUUACUGAUGUUUUAUGACUUGUACUUAGGUUAUUAAAUUAAACCUAAAUGUCUACUUUAAACAAUGGUUUGCUUUAGAGCAUAACUUUAAUUUUGUAACAUGGUUAUAAAGUCAUAAAUAAUGAGCAAAUUAAUUAAUUAAUUAUGUUAUUUCCGUCCUAUGGUUCAUCGGUGCUCAAAUAAUUUAAGACUUGUAAUAAGGAUCUGACUAAUAUAGGUUGUAAACAAAACUCAAACAUUAGAAAAAUAACAUGCCAUAUAUUUUAUAAAAAUUUACAAUAAUAAUAUAAUAUAAUGUCGUGUAUAAUAAAAUCAAAUUGUAAUAUAAAUUACGUAUCACUUAAUAUGUAUUGUUAAAACUAUUAUUUCGAUAUAAUUCAUACAGUAACUAUAUCUUGUGGGUUAAGCGUAAGUGGGCAUAUUCUUCUGACAUUUCCUUCUUUAUAUAAAUAUUCUAUUUUUUCAAUGAUUAAAAUCGUUAAACAAAUAUGCACUUUCCCAAAGGAAAUGAUCCAUUUCAGGAUCCAGUCUUGUACGUCGUUAAAAUUUAAAAAAUACAAUGAUUUUAUUCAAAUCUAACUAUGUGAAUAAAUCUAACUAAAUAAAAAGAAAUAAAUAAAAUUAAACCUAAGUUUUUGAGUUAAAUCAAGAUCGCCAAGAUGGCGCCCAUAGAGCAACUAUGACAUGACAACUGACAGCAAACGUCAUAAAUCGACUACUGCAUUGAAAACGUCAUCAAUCCGCCAUUAUUACCCAUAUUAGUGUUCAUUUCUUGUGAGAGAAUGAAUAUUAUUUCGAGAGAAUUAAAGUAAAUUCGUAGAUUUGUAUAAUCAAAAAUAGUUAAAAAAAUAUUUUCUUUUAUUUCCGCCAGGGUACAAUGACUGAUCCUGGGCUCUAUACAAUUUUGGAUUAAGCGAAUCCUUUAACUUCCAUCAUCAAUUAAUAAUCAAAAUAAAAACAAUUUACAUCUCCGUAAAUUAUUUAAAUAGACAAAAGUGGCCUCAAAUGAUGAAAGAUACCUUGUCGCUUUGAUUGCCAUUCUCCCUAAUUUGGCUGACGCACUUCCGUGCGUCUCAAUAAUGAUGACAAUCUGUAGAUGUUUAGUACCGUAGGUUUUGUGGAUCAAAGCAUGAUUUAACGAUUUUAAUCACGAUAUUUUGUGCAUUCACUGACCAUUGAAAUAUGUAUUCAAAAAUUAAUUAAGAAAUUCACCUUUUACUAUGAACUGAUUUUAUUUCCUAUUAACAAUCCUAUGUCUACAAAAGUUAUUGUUUUUCGUGUCUAAAACUUGUGUCAAUAUUUUCAAGAAUUAAUAAUCGUAAUUACUUUGCUGACACAAUUAAAGCAGUAAUUGUUUUUUUGUUUUUAAUUAGUUUUGGAAAUCAUCUCUGUAUCUCUAUCUCAUUUAUUAUUAUUUACUCAUCUGUUAUUUUAUGUUAAAAAUAUUGUCAUUAAUUAAUUAAUUAGUCUUUAACUAAAAAUCGUGAGCUCAAAUAUUUUAAAAUACAAGUAUAUUUAUGUAAAUUGUAUUUAAUGAUAAAUAACGUAAAAUGCAAUUGGAUUGCACAACACAACCUAGAGUACUUAAAAAUAACACUUGAAUAAAUUUACAAAUCAUAUGUAUAAAAUUAUAUAGGCAAUAAUUAAUGUAUUAAUUAUAAUAAUUACUUAAUAAAUGAUUAUAUUAA